AUGCAGCUGUUUCGCCUCGGUCUGCUGGUCGCCUCCUUCAUUGCCUCCAUUGGAGCGCAAUCGACUUUUACCCCCGCUCGUCCUCCAGCUAUUCCCCUUGCUGUCAGGUCGCCCUACCUUAGCACCUGGCUUGAUGCUGGUAGCGAUGGUGGUAAUGGCGGAUACCUGGCUGGCCAAUGGCCGGUAUUCUGGCAGAACCAAGUGACUGGAUGGUGUGGUCUCAUUCGUGUCGACGGCAAUGUUUACACCUGGAUGGGAUUGCCUGGUACUACCGCUGUCACCCAGAAAGCGUAUGAAUACACGUCAACGAAGAGUAUUUUCACUAUGAGCGUGGAAAACAAGCUGGAGAUGAACAUUACCUUCAUGUCGCCCAUCACACCCAGCGAUAUCAAGCGCCAAUCUCUGGUCUUCUCGUACCUUAAUGUCGAAGUCUCCUCUCUUGAUGGACAGGAGCACGACGUGCAAGUCUAUGCUGAUAUCUCUGCCGAAUGGGUCUCUGGUGACCGGUCUGCAACAGCAGAGUGGGAAUAUGGCACUACAGACGGCGUGGCCUACCACAAGGUCUACCGACAGACCCCGUUGGACUUUUCUCAAGUCAAUGAGCAAGGUGAAUGGGGUAACUGGUACUGGGCCACCGAUGCAACCGAUGGUAUGUCCUACCAGUCUGGCGCAGACACCACUGUGCGCGGCCAAUUUUCGCAAAAUGGCAAGCUUGCCAACAGCGGUGACACCAAUUUCCGAGCCAUCUCGUCCGAAUGGCCCGUCUUUGGAUUUUCUUCCGAUCUGGGCUCAGUUGGCUCGUCGCCCGUCAGCACACUCUUCUCACUUGGUCUGACCCAAGAUGAGGCUGUGCAGUUCGCAGGUUCUGCCGACUACGGCCCUGUGCCUUCCCUAUGGAAGAGCUACUUUGACACUGAGCUGGCUGCGCUCUCAUUCUUCCACCAUGACUACAGCGAGUCGAGCGAAGUCGCAACUGCAUUUGAUAACAGAGUCGCUACCGACUCUAUUGCAACUGCUGGUCAGGACUAUCUCACUAUUACUUCGCUCUCGGCUCGCCAGGCUUUCGGUGCUACUCAGCUUUGUGGCACCAAAGACCAUAUGUACCUGUUCCUGAAGGAGAUCUCAUCCGAUGGCAACAUGAACACCGUUGACGUUGUGUUCCCCGCCUAUCCUAUUUUCCUGUACACCAACCCGGAGUUAUUGAAACUGGUUCUCGACCCAUUGUACGAGAAUCAGGAGGCUGGAAAGUAUCCCAACAACUAUGCCAUGCACGACUUGGGCUCAAACUACCCUAACGCUACUGGUCACUCUGAUGGUAGCGAUGAGAAGAUGCCCCUGGAAGAGUGUGGAAACAUGCUCAUCAUGACAUUGGCCUAUGCUCGGCAUUCUGGAAACAUUAACUACCUGCGAGCUCACUACGACCUACUUAAGCAGUGGACCAGUUAUUUGGUUGACGACGCUCUGUACCCAGCAAACCAGAUCUCGACUGAUGACUUUGCUGGCUCGUUGGCAAACCAAACCAACCUGGCUCUCAAGGGCAUGAUUGGCAUUCAGGCCAUGGCCGUCAUUGCCGACAAGACCGGCAACGCUGACGAUGCUGAGGAUUUCUCGAGUAUCGCUAAAGACUAUAUCACCAAGUGGCAGGACCUGGCUAUUGCGAAGGACGCCACCCCACCUCAUACGACUUUGUCCUACGGCGAUACAAACAGCCACGGUCUCCUAUACAACCUAUUCGCCGAUGCCCAGCUCGGCUUGGGUCUGGUUCCACCAUCAGUAUACCAGAUGCAGAGUGACUUCUACCAGACAGUCGAGAACCAAUACGGUGUGCCUCUUGACACUCGCCACACGUACACCAAGGGCGACUGGGAGUGCUUCACUGCAGCUGUUACCUCAGGGAACGCCCGGUCCAUGUUCAUCAAGGACUUGGCAACUUGGAUCAAUGAGACCCCGACCAAUCGACCUCUGACCGACUUGUACGACACUGUUUCUGGAAACUAUCCUCAAAACACAUUCGUUGCCCGCCCUGUCGUGGGUGGUGCUUUCGCCCCUCUUCUGGUCCGCUAA